UUGGUAAUGCAUCACUUUAGUACUGCCUUUUCUUGAAUUCAAAGGAGGAUGAUGAGGAUUUUGGUUGGCAAGGAAGAAGGCAUAUAUCUAAAGAGGAGAGAGAGGAGAGAAGAUAUUUUCAAUUGUUUGGUUCCUUGUGAUUUUUGCCAUUUUGAUAUAUAUUUUUUCUCUUUAAAUGACAGAUUCAAAAUUUUAUAUUGUUUUCUCUGUUCUACCAUAAUUAUAGGUAGAGACGGACAACAUUUGGAUUGAAGCCUAUUUUAGGACUUAAUUGUGCUAUGAAGAUUUGUACAAUAAAGUAAAACACAUGCACUUUGUCAUGUGUUAGGUUAUAUGAUUUCAAUUUCUUGGUCCAUCAUCAUUCUCUGAUGAUCUUUUUCUGUAAAGGAGGACAUCUAUCGGAGCCGAACGAACAUAAAUCUCUCGACCAAAGAGGGUCGGAAAGCAACUCGCCGUUUCUUCCACCUUUGCCAAAGAUUCAAUGGAACAACAAGGAGAAAGCAGCCCACAUGGUUUCCAAGCCAGGAACCACUUUCCACAUCCUCUUCCACUGCCCUUAUCCGUCAGCAAAGCACCUAACAAUUCUCUUCACCAUCAGCAACCCCAAAAAGCAGCACACGAGCCUCCAACCGCACUUAGUUUUCUUCUUCAAAGCAUGGAAUAUAUCCAUUGAUUAAUCAUUCUGAUUAGUUUGAUCAGGCCUUGGGCAUUAAGGAAGUGAAGGUUAAUCUCAGGGUUUACAUUUUAUGCAGACACCAAGGCAUGGCUCACUUGCAGAUUGUGCCAGCAGGGAGCAAGCCUGUGGAGGCUCAGUUUGUGGAGAUGAAGGUCCCCCUCUACUCUUAUGGCUGCGAGAAGAAGGUCAAGAGGGCACUGUCUCAUCUUAGAGGAAUUCAUUCAGUACGCGUGGAUUACGAGUUGCAGAAGGUGACGGUUUGGGGAAUUUGCAAUAAGGAUGAUGUUCUCGCCACCGUCAAGAAGAAGAGGAGGGAGGCACGAUUCUGGGACCAAUCGUUGGAGUGUGAUCAGGCAGCACCACCUUCGGAGGAGGUGGAGGAAGAAGAUGACAAAGAGAUUCACCAUGUUUCGUCGCGUCUUUCAGCCAUAAAAGGCUUCAAAUUCAAAAGAUCAUGGAAGAAGUUGUUCCCUCUACUCGUGUAACAUCUUUAAGCUUCAUGUGUGUUUAUUCAAGAAAAAUGGUCUACUCGCCAUUAUGUACAUAUAACCAAUAAAAUUUACAUAUGGAUACUUAUUUCCAUAGCGUGUUGUUCA